CAGUCUACCUAAGCCCCAAACUGUGUAACAAGUUGUAAAAGUAUGCAAUAAAUAACAUAAGUACACGCAUAUAAUAAAUCCAACCAGUCAGCCGAGCGAGAGAGAGACACAAACAGCCGAUUUUUAUGUAUGGAUAUAAUAUCAACUGAUAAGUUUAACUUUUUUGUGGUAACGACUUGUCGAAUCAAUUGAGAGAUUCAGUCCGUCAGACUAGUUGGAUGCAAAAGGAGGUUAAAUCUUUGCUGGGGAAAACGUUUUUCAUUUUUCAACGAUUCUUUGUAACAAUGGCUGCAAAAGUUCCAACCGUGAAGUUGAACAAUGGAGCGGAAAUACCGGCAUUUGGACUUGGAACGUGGAAGUCAAAGCCGGGUGAAGUCCGGGCCGCUGUGGAGAAUGCGAUUGACGUCGGUUAUCGAAUGAUCGACUGUGCUUUGGCGUAUCAAAAUGAAAACGAGGUGGGACAAGCGAUCGCGACCAAGAUAAAGGAGGGGGUAGUCAAACGAGAAGAUUUAUUCGUGACUGGAAAGUUGUGGAACACUUUUCAUCGUCCCGACCUAGUUCCCAUCGGGAUAAAGAAGACCCUCACUGACCUUGGUCUUGACUACGUCGACCUUUACUUGAUCCACUGGCCGAUGGGGUACAAAGAAGACGGCGAACUUUUCCCCAAGGACGCUGAUGGCAAAUUCAUGUACAGCGAUGUCGACUAUUUGGACACUUGGAAGGAGAUGGAGGCCGCCGUCCGCGCCGGACAGACCAAGGCGAUCGGAUUCUCAAACUUCAACAGUGACCAGGUCGAGCGGGUCUUGCAGAAGGGCACGAUCAAACCGGCAAUGUUGCAGGUCGAAUGUCACCCAUAUCUAAAUCAGUCCAAGUUGAUUGAAUGGUGUCAAGGCAAGGACAUUCCAGUGACGGCAUAUUCCCCUCUCGGCUCUCCAGAUCGUCCAUGGGCCAAACCCACGGAUCCAAAUCUGCUCACGGAUCCUAAACUGGAAGCGAUUGCGAAGAAAUAUGGGAAAAGUACGGCACAGAUUAUUCUCCGGUGGAAUGCACAACGCGGCCUUAUCAUCAUCCCCAAGACGGUGAGCAAGGCCCGACUGGAGGAAAACAUAAGCAUUUUCGACUUCAAACUGACCCACGAGGAUAUGGAGCUGAUCAACAGUUUUGACUGCAAUGGGCGCGGGUGUCACUUGGACUGGGUCAAGGAUCAUAAAUACUGGCCUUUCAACACUCCAUUUUAAUAAGUUCUAAAAACAUUUCCAUAAUAAUGAGCUUACCCACUCCUUCAACUUCCUUUAAACAAGUACGUGACGACAUGAAAAUUGCCAUGAAAAAAGAGUAAAAUACUUUACACUCAACAAACACUGAUGAAAUAAAUGCCAUACAUUGUUUUAUUGCUCAUUACAA